ACCGUCCUCACCCUCCUCUGCCUCCAGAUGGGCUCUGGCCCAGAGGGAGAAGAGCUGUUUCGCAGCCUGAAGCCCCUGCUCGUCAGCAUCCUGACAGACAGCACGGCCAGCCCCAGUGCCCGGCAGAGCUGUGCCACAGCUCUGGGCAUGUGUUGCUACAUUGCUGCUGCUGACCUUGAGGACCUGGUCUCAUGCCUGUCCUGCUUGGAGGGUGUCUUCAGCCCUGCCAGCACGGGUGAGGGGGGCUCUGUGCCCACCCAGCACGGCCCUCUGCACUGCAGCGCCCUCCAGUCGUGGUCCCUGCUCCUCACCAUCUGCCCCCGCUCUCACAUCAAGAGCAUCUUGGACAACAUCGCGCGGGUCUUCGAGCUGGCCCAGGAUGUGGAGGACUUGUGCCACCAAGAUACAGAGUUCCUGUGUGCCCAGCUCAAGGUCCUGGCUACGGAGAGCAACAAGUACCGAGCCAAGACGGAGCGGCGGAAGCAGCGCUCCAUCUUCCGGGACAUCCUGCGCUUCAUUGAGAGCGGGGACUACCAGGAGGAGACCAUCCGAUUUGGCCUGGAGUGCAUGUACCUGGACAGCUGGGCGCGCCAGCGGACUUACCAAGCCUUUAAAGAGGUGCUGGGCUCUGGGAUCCGCCACCACCUCCAGAACAACGAGGUGCUACGGGAGGGCUUUGGCCUCGGUCCCCCCCUGGGGCCGGACGGCGGCUGUGAGCAGAGGGGCACCCCCUAACCCGUCUCUCCUUCCCUCCCCUCCCAGCAUCUCUACAACUCAGCUGCCUUCAAAGCCCGCACGAAAGCCCGGAGCCGGGUGCGGGACAAGCGGGCGGACGUGCUGUGA